AUGUCUGAUGUACCACCUUCAGUUCAAGGUCCCCAACCACAAGUUCCUGUUGCACCUGCUGUCGUGAAUGGGAAUGGCGGUGGAGAGGCUGUAGUUGUUGCUGCUCAACCUCAUAAUGGAGAAGCAGCUCCGGCUCCUCAACCUCCGAAUGCCCCACUUAUCAUUGAUGAGGAGGUAAUUGACAGAGCCAAACUUAAGAGUUUGGUUUGGAAACAUUUCAAAAAGAUUAAGGUGAAUAAUCUGUGGAAGGCUAAGUCGCAUUAUAUUGACAAUUCCUGGAGUUUGAGGAGUCAUAUGCUCAGGUUCAUCUAUGUUCCUGCUCCUCAUUCUAGUGAUAGACUUGCAUCUGUCUUGGUCAAUUGCAUGCUCGAUUGGAAUAUCGACUCAAAGGUCUGAUGUUGUCAGGGCCAUUUUGUGCUGCUGUUGAGUUCAUUUUGUUGCUGCUGUCGAUUUCAUUUUGUUGUUGUUGGGUGUCUUUCUUUUACUGCUGAGUUGAGACUUGAGAGGAAGGUUGCAAACUGUUGCUGCCUUGCUGGCUGUCAUUUUUCUGCUGCUGAAGAGUGAAGACUGGUGUUGACGUUCCGUUGCUGUUGAAGACUGGAGCUGGGUUGCUGUUGUUGCACUGCUGAAGGAUGAUACUGCUGGUUAAGAGGGAAGUAAUGAGCUGUAGAAGACUGUUGCUGCUGAAGGAUAAUGCUGCUGGUGUUCUUUUGUUUGCAUUUGGAUUGCUUUUGUUUACCAACUUAGUCGUGAUUGGGAUUGGAUAUUUGGAUGUUAGUUUGGAUUGAAAUCAGACUUUGCUUCUGAGUUGCUCCUGUUCAGCAUCUUGUCUGCGGAUUGGGAUUGGAUGC